ACACACACACACGCACCGCGCCGCUUCCUCCUCUUUUCAUCUCGCCCUCGCGCGCAUUACGUAUGAGAGAUCCCGGAGCCGCGCGCUCCCGCCCCCGCGCGCUCCCGCUAUAAAGCGCACCGGUGCUGGUGCUGUUCCUCAGUCGCAGCGGCCCGAGCUCGAGCUCCAGAGCUGACCAGAAGCAGAGAUAGCAGGCUUUCCUCGCUCAGGCUAACUCGCUCACGGCUUUGGUUCGGGAUGGAAACUCGUGGUGCCGCGCGGCGUCAACGCAUCUCUCACGCGCUCAGCUUCAAGAGCGGUCUGUCUCUAUGGCUGGUGCUAUGGCUGUUGGCAUGUCACUGUGCCCCAGGGAAAGCAUGUCCAAGGCUGUGUGUGUGCUACCACAUGCCCAUGACCGUCAGCUGCCAGUCUCAGAACUUCUCCUCUGUCCCGGCUGGCGUGCCCUAUGACUCCCAGCGUGUCUUCUUGCAGAACAACCGCAUCACCGAGCUCAGGGCUGACUCCUUUGGCUUUGAGACACAGGUUCUUUGGCUGUAUUCAAACAACAUCUCAUGGAUUGAGGCAGGUGCCUUCAGUAACCUGCGUGUGCUAGAAGAGCUGGAUCUUGGCGACAACCCAUCUUUACGCCAAGUGGAUGGUGGUGCUUUCCGGGGCCUUGAGAGGCUACAGAGCCUGCACAUGCACCGGUGUGGCCUGACCGAGCUGCCUGCAGAUGUGUUCCGCAAGCUUUACAGCCUGCAGUUCCUCUACCUGCAGGAGAACCAGCUGAACCACCUGCCUGAUGGUGUGUUCUCUGACCUGGUCAACCUCACACACCUGUUUCUGCAUGGCAACCGCCUUCGCAUAGUCUCCGAGAACGCCUUCCGUGGCCUGGUCAACCUCGACCGGCUGCUGCUGCAUGAAAACCGCAUCCGACAGGUGCACCGCCGUGCCUUCCGUGACCUGGGCCGCCUCACCAUCCUCUACCUGUUCAACAACGCACUGCGUGAAUUGCCUGGUCAGACGCUCAAGGACACAGCGGGCUUGCAGUUCCUGCGCCUCAACGACAACCCUUGGGCAUGUGGCUGCGAGGCGCGCUCACUCUGGCAGUGGUUCCGUGAUGCACGUGUCUCCAGCUCUGAGCUGAUCUGCACCUCGCCUUCUGCACGCCAGGGCCAGGACCUGCGCUUCCUGCGUGAGCUCGACUUUGCCACCUGCCCACUGCCUGAUCCUGGCUCUCUGACUGGCACCACCACCACCACUUUCAGCACCAAGACCCGCUGGUGGUUCUCCAAGAACAAACCAGCUGCCUCAGCCAAGGGUGUUUACCAGAAGACCGCCGAGCUGCCCAAGGCCUUCCCCUUCUCCUCGGUGAAGAACGCCCAUUCUGCAGCAGUAGCAGCAGCUGCAGCUUCAGCAUCUAAGUACGAGCUGACGCCGGAGGAGGCUGCCUUGCCGAAACUUGAGCCUGAAGAGUACUGGGCCAACUACGGCAACGAAGAUGCAACCUCAGUCCGUUGCUUUGAGCUCGAUUGCGACGACUCACAGAUCCUCCCUUCUUCUUCUUCUUCUGCCUCUCCCACGUUUCUGUAUCUCCUCUCUCUCUCUGUUCUGGCUCUCUCGCUUCACUUGCUGUUUGGCUGAGCGGAGUGUACUAAUCUCUUCUCUCUUCUUCUUUUGCCCUUUUUUCUGUAUUUGGCCCCUGAUGACUUGAUGGGGUCUGAUGCUGACAGGCACACAACAGCAGCCACAAAGACCUCAGGAAUGGCAAAGAUGGCACACACACACACACACACACACACAUGCACACACAUGCACACACAAACACACACACGCGCAUGCACACGCACACAUGCACACACCCACACACACACGCACACACAUAGUUGCUCACAUACAUAUGUGUGAAUGCAGAUAAACACUUUUAGAAAAACAUUUGGUGCUGCCUAGUGUCAUUUAUGAGGCAGAGUGAGGAGUGUUGCCUGGACUGCAACUCUCAGGAGACCUUGCAGCACUACACUGGGCACUCUACUUCUGCAGUCAGUGACACAAAAACAGACAGAGAGAUAGAUAGAGCUAGACAGAAAGUAAAUGGUAGUAAAGGGCGAUGAGGGGUCAAAAAUAACUGCAGUCUUUCAGAGAUGUGCUAUAAAACCUUCACAAGAGAACAUAUAAAUAACCUAAACAGCUGUAAAUACGCACUUCCACAUUGUCACAUGAAGUAACUCAUAAACAACUGGGACAGGAAUGCUAGGUACACUAGAUUGUGCACACAAUCCCUUCUUCUUGUCUGUAUACUUGAUUUCAUAAUCCAUAAUGAGAAAUGUGAAAUGGAAAGAUGGAUUCUGCACCCAUGUGUCUUUAUUCAUUUAAGGAUUUUGGAGUGGUAGUGUCUAUCCUGCAGUGAUGUUUACAUAUAAACAGCGUUUGUAAUCUGUGUGUGUGAGGUUAGUUCUGGCCUUUCACUGUGUUUUUUGUUUCAGAGAUUUGUACCUGAAUUAAUGUUAUAAGGAGACAUUUCACUGUACACAGAACUGUGCAUCAUGUCAUCCCAUUGCUGUAAAUAAAAAAAUCCCUAAUAAACUUUUUGUAUAAACAGAAC